CGCGCGUACAAACAGAUCAAACGUGAGCGCUUUGAAAACUUUAUCUCAGCCUCAUUUGGCUCGUGCUUCUGUUUUUUUUUUUUUUAUGUUUCUUCUUGAAUGUGAAUAAAUACCGACUCGGACUGAUCGCAGGAGAAGUGGAUGCGCUUUGGGUGAUUUAUUUAUUUAUUAUUUAUUUUUUAUUUAUUUUUUAUUUAAAGCAUGGCCGAGAAGCGGCGGUCUCCGUGCACCAUGAGCCUGAAGGCGCACGCGUUUUCUGUGGAGGCGCUGAUCGGGGCGGAAAAGCGGAGGAAACUCGAGGAUGAGGAUAGUGAGAGCUGUUUUGGGGAGGUAAAUGAGGUCGCGAGCCUGGCCGGGAGCGCGUGCGGCGGCGGCGGCGGGAGGAACUGUGACACGGACUGUGACGCUUCCCCCGAGUGUGAGGAUGUGGGCUCGGACAGUCCUCGGCCCGCGUCCCGGAGCUCCCAGUUGCUCGCGUCACCGCCGCCGCCGAGCAGCGCGCGAGGCGCGGAGGAGAUGCGCGUGGAGCUGCAGGGCUCGGACCUGUGGAAACGCUUCCACGACAUCGGCACGGAAAUGAUCAUCACCAAAGCAGGCAGGAGAAUGUUCCCUGCAAUGCGAGUGAAAAUUACAGGACUGGACCCCCAUCAGCAGUACUACAUCGCAAUGGACAUCAUCCCUGUCGACAAUAAACGCUACAGAUACGUGUACCACAGUUCCAAGUGGAUGGUAGCAGGGAAUGCUGAUUCACCCGUACCGCCACGUGUAUACAUCCACCCGGACUCUCCUGCUUCUGGCGAGACGUGGAUGCGACAGGUCAUUAGCUUCGACAAACUCAAACUGACCAAUAACGAGCUGGAUGACCAGGGCCAUAUCAUCCUGCACUCCAUGCACAAGUACCAGCCUCGCGUCCACGUCAUCCGUAAAGAGUGCGGUGACGAGCUCUCACCCGUUAAGGCCGUGCCGACCGGCGACGGCAUCAAGGCCUUCUCCUUUCCUGAAACAGUGUUCACUACGGUCACGGCCUACCAGAACCAACAGAUUACAAGACUGAAAAUAGACAGAAAUCCAUUUGCGAAAGGAUUCAGAGACUCAGGGCGAAACAGGAUGGGUCUGGAGGCUCUGGUGGAGUCGUAUGCUUUCUGGAGGCCUUCACUUCGAACUCUGACGUUUGAGGAUAUACCAGGAAUGACCAAGCAAGGUGCAACAGGCUCUCAUGGUGUGGUCGGGUCUUCAGGACACACACACUUACUCUCGACAUCAUCAUGCUCCUCCCCAGCAUUUCACCUGGCCACAGGGGCGGGGCCUGUGUGUGACUACUCAGCCUGCAGUCGAACCGGCCAUCCUCUUCACCGAUUCGCCACGCCCCUCACUGCAGACUCGUACAGCCGAUUGGCCAGCCCUGCAGCCGACGCUUUUUCCUCGACCAGAAACCCUGCGUAUGUGGGUGGGUCAGACGGAGAGGCGUUUUCCUGCACACAGACUGGCCUUCCGAUCCAGAUCCCCGGAAUGCCUGGUCACUCCCCUCAGCUCCAGUAUUUCAUGCCCAGCCCUGCUCACAAUGCCUUCUCCACCAAUCAGAGUGCACAGAGCUCGUACAACGGAUUCCGUCUCCACAGCCCAUAUGGCCUUUACGGAUACAACUUCUCCACCUCACCACGAUUGGCUGCCAGUCCAGAAAAGAUGGCUGCGACACAGAGCUCAGUCCUGGGCUCAUCCCCAAGCGGUACUUUGACAGACAGGCAAGUUCUGUCCCCUGUGGAUGGUCUGCACAUGCUCAGUGGGAGUCAACAAUCCCUCUUUGACUCACGGACAUUAGGGCUGACAAGUUCAACCUCUCAGGUCACCGCCCACAUGGCUUGAUCUAUGAACUUUGACUUCUGUGCCAUGGCAUGGACACAGACAGGUGGCCAAAGUAAUCUGGAGGUUUUCCAAAGUUCUCGUUACUGGACAGUACUAUAGGUAAGGAAUGAUAUAACAUGAAGUAUUUUAUGGAUCGAGAAAGCCAAAGGAGGAGAGUUUCGACUCUUUCUAGCAUCUUGAGGUUACAGUGAGACCUUAAGGAUUUAAAAGCAAGAUCAAAUCUCUUACAGUAAAAACCUCGUGUACUGAUGGCCAUGAGAUUGGACGUAAGCGUGGGUGUCUAUCCAUGACACAAAAAAAAAAACAUUUCUGUCUUCUGUCUUCAACUAGGACAGAUCUGAAGACAGGAAGAGCAAGACUGGACACCACGUCUGCCUUACUGGAGAGCACUUCCUUCUCUCUCUUUACAUGCACACACUUUUCAGUCAUAUCUUCCCUCCCUCCCUGAACUAGAUCCAAAAUUUGACUUCUUUGUACUGUUAGUACAGCGAACAGUGUCUGUUUAUCCGAGUGAGUUUCUAAGACAGACUCCUGGUUUCUAAGAGCUGACCCAGAAUCUGAAUUAGCUUCUUACCAACUGAGCAGCUGGGAGCCUGCGAGACCAGAAAGAGGAGGCGGCCAGCGUCGCAGCAUAACCGGGCUUUUAGUUAGGAAACAAAUAAAAUGUGUAGUCCCACUGGAACCGAGCUUUGAGCUUUGGCUGCCAGUGGAUUUGGUACUUUUUUGGUAUUAGCAGAGCUUGCAAGCAGGAAAUCAGCAGUAGUCUGUAUGGGGUUUAGAGUCGGAUGCCCAGAUUUAGCGACUCCACUGCUUAUGGCCUGAAUGACUUCCAGUUAGCAUCAUAGUUUAUGGGGCUUAAGCUGAAAUUGGAAAGGUAAAGCAACAGUGAGGAAAGAAAAGAAAAGAAAAGAAAAAAAUCUUUGGCCCUUAUUUACCAAGCUGCAAUAUGGAAAUUUGAUCUGCACUUCUGCACUGACAUGAUUUAGAAAUACAACAUUGUUCAACACACAUACAGUUAGAAAUGCAUGCUCUGGCAACCUCCGUCAGGCGUCUUGGCUUAUCCUGGGUCAGCUUUUAGUACCAGUGAACCGGAGCUGAAAAGUUAAAGCUUCAGUUAUUCAAACACAGUUGUUGUUUUGUUUUUGUUUGUUUUUUUCCUUUAACAGACAUACUGUAUUAGCUUUAAUAUGUCUGUUUUUUAAAGCAAUUCUAUAUAAAUAAGGAAAAGAUUGAUAUUAAUGUUAUUGUUGGGCGAUUUCACUCAUGCACUUAUGGCAAUUUUUUUUUUUUUUAAAUAUCUUUGAUAUUUGUUAAGUGGCCAAAACUAACACUUUGGAACAUGUUUGGCCUGGGAAUUACAAACAAACCCAAUUGAGCCAAAUAAAAUAUAUGCAAAUUGUACAAAAUAAUAACUAGUGUUAAUCAAUGUAUGUAUCUGACAACAUGCAAAAUAUACCUCUGUGUGUGUGUGUGUGUGUGUGUGUGUGUGUGUGUGUGUGUGUGUAAGUUCUAUCAGACAAGGUCAAGUUGGACAUGUAAAUGAAAAACACUGGCAGGAUGUCACUGAUGUUAUAUCUGUAACAGUUAUUCCAUGAAAUCGAGUCGUACAUGAGCUGAUAGUCGGCUAUAAUCCAUGUACGACAAGAUUGAGUGGAAUAACUGUUUUAUUCUAUCCACAUUCACUGGAUUUUGAGAAACAGAGCAUGUUUAUUUUUAUUUUUUACAAAUUUGAUAAAUAAAAACUUUACACAAAACGUCCAACAAAAUAAUUUCCGCUUAGAAUGUAAACAAACCGGCGAAAUGACAGGAGCAAUUUGUGAAAAAUGUGACAAUAAUAAUAAUAAUUCUUGAAAAAUAAAAAAGACAUGUUCUUACCAUCAAAUACUUUCAUUCCAUAUUUUGUUGCUUUUUUAUUUUGGGGGGGGGUUGUUUUCGAGUAGAGUUUUUAUUUCGUCCUUGGUUGCUUCAGCAACACGCUCCACCAUUUUGUUUUUCUCUACUCAUGGUAUAUGAGCUGAUAUCCUAGUAGUAGAGUAGCCAAUCAGGGUGCACAAUUGCUCAUAUCCAGUGAUUGUGGAUAGAAUAAUAACUGAUAUAGUUAUCAUCAGUGUAUGUUGCUGUACUACAGUUUGAUCCUAAGCUUACUGUCUGUGAGGAGUUUCAUACGUUCACACAGUGUCUACUUGGGUUUCUUCUGGGUUCUCCAGUUUCCUCCCACCUACCAAACCUGCCAUUAGAAGGACUGAUUUGAGUAAAUUGUCCCUAGGUGCGAAUGAGCGUGUGUGUGUGUGUGUGUGUGUGUGUGUGUGUGUGUGUGUGUGUUGCCCUACAUCCAAACUGAAUUCCCGUCUCACACCCAACAUUUCCGGGACGCACUCCAGAUCCACCGCAACCCUACCCAGGAUAAAGUGCUUAUUGAAGGUGAAUGAAUGGAUCAGUGAAUGAUACGGUACCACAUUAUCCACUACAGCUUCAGCUGAUCUAUAUAUAAAUAAAAAUCAAGCUAUUCAAGAAA